AUGAACUUGGCCAUCCUCCUCCUCCUCGUGGCUGCUGCCGCAGCCCUCAUGGCCGACAUUCCGGGCCGGGCCCACGCGAAGCCCAAGGACGAGGGAAAAACAGUCGUGCUCACCAACAACCACACAAACUACCUCAGCAUACGUUGCUUCUCGUUCGACGACAAUUUUGACGUGGUCCACCUCCAAUCGGGCGGCCAGUAUAUGUUCAAAGUCCACAAACGAGUGAUCUACCCAUCGUCCACCAUGUUCAACUGCUCGACAAAUAUGGGCACGUUUGUCGCGUACAAAUACAACUACGACUGCACGAGUGACGAGUACAAGACCUGCGAUUGGAAAUUCGAUGAGGAGAGUGCGUAUAGAUGGGAGCCUAAACAGAAUUCGUGGGUCGCGUUCGAUUAUUCGCCAAAUUACGAGUCGCUCAAUAGAGGAAACGAGUUUAUUAACGUACUUCGAUCAAAUAUCGGAUCAUCUGCAGAUGCAUGUGAACUUCUGCGGAAAGGGAGGGGCAUUGAGAGGAAGCUUGAAAUUGGGGGAAAUUAUGGAAUGGGAGGAUAUGUGGGGUUUGUGCAGAAAGUUGGGGGAAGUGUGAAGAAGGCGACCGGAAAUGAUAGAGUGACGGUGGUGGUGAGGCUUAGGAACGGAAUAAAGGGCCGCCGCAUGGCGGAGCCUUGA